AGGUCCGAUCUGAGGGCUGGCGCCUUCAUUUUCAUACGGAGCAGCAUCAACAACAAAAAACCCGCGGCACGGGUUGCACACGAAAUAUUGCGAGUCUCAAAGCUCGCAGACUCUUAGAGUGCUUUAUAUGUUUACAAUGGAGCGCGAAUCGACCUCAACGUUGUUCAGGUCUCUGCAGGAGUCCGUGAAGCCAAACGCGAGGGCCUCGGAGGCGCUGCGCGGCGCCACACAGCAGUUUUCAAUGGAGAAUACGGGCGACGUAGUGCAGUUGGUAAACGGACUCAUUCAGAAAUUCUUGCGUAGUGCGCUGCCGUCCACGUCGAGUUGGACGAAAGUGUACACGUUUGGCUCCAGCGGCCUCGGCGCCGCGAUCGCCGGCAGCGACAUCGAUUUGUAUGGUGAGACAUCCUCCUUUUCUUUGCUUCUUUGA